GUGCUCACUGACAAGGCCGACUACGCUGCUGGCGAAACCUCUGGGAAUCUACCAAGUCCACAUUCCAACUCUGGAAAUGAUCAUGCAUACUAUGGACUCCAGACAAGGAGUUCGGACGAACAGGACCCGCUCCUGCCGCAUGUGGAACUCAUCGAGCCCGAGCAUACGAAACGCCGUCUGCGCAUAUUCACCAAUCAACCCGGCGUCCAGGUGUAUACGGGGAAUUACUUCGACGCAGAAAUUUGUCCAUCCGUCAAGUCUACACCUAGCCUUCAGGGCCUCGAUCUCACAUACGGCCGGCACGCUGGAAUCGCCUUCGAGGCACAACAAUGCCCUGACGCUGUAAACCGGGCAGCGAAUAACCCGAUAUUCCAGCCAAUUUUCUUACGCGCAAAUGGGCCAAGUUAUCAACAAAUCACAAGAUUUGUAUUUGACUUUUCUGACUGA